AUGCAGGACAUGGAUAUGCCUUCUGGAAUCUCUGGAAACUUGAUGGACGGAAUGGAUAAGAUUGGCAACGUGUCUGAAGACUCGUUGGAGGGGAUCGUUACGCCUUCCGAAACGUCUGGAACAUCAGAAAACAUAACGGACGGAACAGACAAGACUGACGCUUCAUUUUCAGAUACAUCAAACAGAAUACCCACACUCUCCGAAACAUGCGAAGCCACACCAGACGCCCUACAGCCAUUCACACAAGACGCACCCACCCUCCUCUCCUGGUUCGCAACCCUAAACGCACCCGAAAUCGGCAGCUAUUUCUACCCCCGCCUAGCCAACUUCACCAUCUCAUUCAUUCCCUCCCUCGACACGGCCAAGCUCGCAACCGCGCACACGACCCUCUCCGACGCCGAGCAACUCGAGCUCGUCCGCGCCGGCAUCGACGCCUACUUCGACGUGCUGGCGCCGGACGACGACACGGACAUCCGCGCCGCGUUCGCGGUGCUGUACCGUGCCUUCGUGGCGGAGCUGGACGAGGCCGCUGGGCUGGACAUGGUGCUGGGCGCUGUGGAUGCGCUGUGGGAGGCGGAGAUGCUGCUGCAUGCGGGACGGGUCGAGGAGGUUAGGAAAAACUUGAGGGGGCUGAGGGAGAGGGUUGUGGCGAAUUCGGAGGUGUUUGUGGGGAAUGCUGAUGUGGGGAUUGUCGUUGCUGAUGCUGCCACUUUGGAUGAGGGCGGACUUGAUGACAGGGUUAGGGCGUUGUUGGCGGGGGCGCUGGCGCAGGCGGAGUAG